AUGGUUGCAAGGGUUCGAUUCGAUUUCUUUCUAUUAUUUAUCAAUCACAAGGGUAGAUUUGUGACUGUCGAUGGGUAUGAGGCGUAUUAUGGUGAUUGUGUUGCCACGGUUACUGGGUUGGAUGCAGAUAGGCUAGGUUAUUUUGACAUUGAAGAUGAAAUAACGAAGUUGGGAUAUGAAAACUGGGGUAGAAUAUGUUAUAAGCAUCGGACAACACGUGAAUUUAAAGAUAUAACAGAUGAUGCUGGUGUUAUGGACUGUUUGGGUCAAAUGCAGGGAAACAAAAGAUAUGUUGAAAUAUAUGUGCAAACUGAACAUUUAAAGAAACCGUGUGGGGCUGCUGUGUGUCAACAAGAAAAUGGAUCUAGGAAUAGGGUAUCUAAAGUUGCUGAGGUAGACCAAGCAAAGGAUACUAAAAACAUGAUUUCUGAAAUGGUCCAAGCUCCGGAUCAAUCCAAGAAAAGUAUCUACAGGGUUUCUUUUACAAAGAAGCAAGGAUUAGAACAAAUCACAUAA